UUCCCCUCCUCUUCUCCUCACUUUGCACUGCAGAGGACUACUUCAUCAACUGUGGCUCCUCUGACAACGCCAUCGCCACUGCCGGCCAAACAUUUAUCGGAGAUGAACGAAACAAAGCAGUCCACUUCUAUCGUCAUAAAAAUCAUGCUGUUUCUUCAGCAGACCCGCCUGAACCCUUGUACCAGACAGCAAGAGUUUUCAAAAAAACCAUCAACCUAUGACUUUGUCAUCACACAAAAUGGGAAAAAUGCUAAAAAUUGUUCAAGCAAUACAAAGGAGUUCAUCCUCAAUAUAAAUGAUGUUAAAGAUAAGUUCAAAAUUUACUUUGUGCCUACUUCAUCGUCUAUAGCUUUUGUUAAUGCUAUAGAAAUCGUCUUCUCUAUAAAUUCAAACAUCACAGAAGAUACAGGCCCUCGUGUAACACCUGCAGGAAGCUUGGGAAAUUACAACAGUCAGCAAUCGAAAGUUCUCGAAACACUCUACAGGAUUAAUGUUGGGGGUCCAAAGAUUAAUGGAUCAAGUUCCACCCUUUGGAGAAGUUGGAUGCCAGAUGAUCAGUAUCUCAUCAACAAGGGUGAUGCAGAGAAUAAAACUAAAGGGACUAUUGACAACGGUCCGGGUCAAACAACCAAUGAUUUUGCUCCAUUGGAUGUUUAUGAGACAGCAAAAAUACCGAAAAAUUCUUCUAGUUCUGGAAUAAUUCCCAACCUUACUUGGCAGUUCAGUGCAAACAAAGGAAAUCGGUACUUUAUUCGCGUUCAUUUCUGUGACAUUUUAAGCCCUUCUGCAGGAGAGUAUCGAUUUAACCUUUACAUUUACAGUAAUUAUAGUCAGGUGAUGGAUAUGUCGAGCACCAGACAGUUUCCUUUUUAUAAGGACUAUGUUGUUGAGUCUGAUGCUCUAGGAUUUAUAAACAUCAGUGUAGGACCAAGACCAAACGAUACAUUCCCUGAUAAGACUUUCUUUUUUCUGAAUGGGUUGGAAAUUAUGCAGAUAAUGAAUGUAACAGAUUCAGAACCCUCAGUAACUAAUGAUUCCCACUUAGUAUUCAUACUCAGUGCUUCUGCAGUUUUCCUGAUUUUAGUUUUGGCAGCUGUUUUUGUUUUCAUUAUUCAUCAGAAAAGGAAGAGAAAGAAGCAAGCUGAAGCAUUCGAGUGGGGAAAUUUGCUGCUGAAUAGUACAACAAGUUCUCACAACAGGGCUUCAGAUGGGUCAACUUCCCAUACAUCAACUCAUCAGAACCUGCAGUUGGGUUUAGUUAUACCUUUGAUUGAGAUUCGACGAGUCACAAACAAUUUUGAUGCAAGUUUGAUCAUUGGUGAAGGUGGGUUUGGAAAGGUGUACAAAGGCACAAUAAAAAACGGGCUGAAAGUGGCAGUGAAGCGCGGCAGUUCUGAUCAUGGUCAAGGAAUAGCAGAAUUUGAGACAGAGAUUAUGAUUCUAUCAAAGAUUCGCCACCGCCAUCUUGUUUCCUUGAUUGGUUACUGCUGUGAAAAUGGUGAGAUGAUACUGGUGUAUGAGUUCAUGGAAAAAGGGACCCUCAGAUAUCACCUGUAUGACUCGAAACAUAGUCCUGCUUCGUCUACUCAUGGGGUGCUGUCUUGGAAUCAGAGGCUUAAGAUCUGCAUAGAGGCUGCCAAGGGUCUUCAGUACCUCCACGUUGGUACAAACAAGGGAAUCAUUCAUCGAGAUGUCAAGUCUACGAAUAUAUUGCUAGAUGAAAAUUACGUUGCUAAGGUUGCUGAUUUCGGGCUGUCAAGAUCAGGAUAUCUGGAACAAACUCAUGUCAGUAUAUCAGAUGUGAAGGGAACUCUUGGCUAUCUAGAUCCUGAGUACAUCACAUGCCUGCAACUGACUGAAAAAUCUGAUGUUUACGCUUUUGGGGUGGUUCUGUUUGAAGUUCUUUGUGCAAGACCUGUAAUAGAUCAAUCAGUUCCAAAAGAGCAAAUCAGUUUACCUGAUUGGGCAAUUGCUUGCUUUGAGGAGGGACAGCUUGAGAAGAUAAUCGAUCCGUGUAUUGCAGGUGAAAUCGAAGCUAAUUCCUUGAUGAAAUUCUUUGAGGUAGCACAAAAAUGUUUGAAAAGAGAUUCAGCAGAGAGACCUCCUAUGUCAGAUGUAUGCUGGGGUCUGGAGUACGCCCUGCAGCUUCAGAAAGCGGCUACUGAAAAAGUUCUGCAGGAUGACAGCACCACUGAUGCUUCCUUUAACAUGUCUUUUCCUGCUGUUCAGCGUUUCCCUUCUCAGAGUAUUGCUGAUAAUGGCUAUGAAUUUGAAUCAUCAAACACUGGUACUGGAGAAGUAUUUUCACAGUUGACAGUCAACGAAGGCACCGGGAGAUAAUAUCAACUUGUUCAAGGUGAUUGUGUUUACUUGCAGAAUUCCAAUUCAGUUCGUAACAAAUGAAUUAUAUAUGUUGUUAUAUCCAUUUCCUUUUGUGAUGGAAUGAGUUAUGUUGUACUAGUUUAAUUUUCUUUUGUACAAUUUUAGGAACUUCGGUUGUUGCAGACAAAAGAAUGUACUUUUGCCUUGUAAUAUUCAUAAAUAAACUGCUAACACAAUCAUUGCUUGAGAUUCGAUAUUUCUUAACAGUAACAGAAAAUACCCUUUUAGAGUCAAGCAUAGAUCAGUCUCCUAAUGUAGCAAUU